UCGUCGUCCGUGGUUGUUGCUGCCUGCACGCUGCCGUGCGUCAUUGAUUCUGCCGUGCGUCUCUACUCGUUGGACGACCACCGAAGGCAGGGACCUUCAUUUUUUCCAAAUUUGAAUUUGAUGCAAUCAAGUGAUAGCUGACGCUCUACCUCUUGGUCUAGCACUGACACUAUGUCUAUCAAGUUCUGCAUCUCAUUACUUCAACUGUGGUACUUGGUAGGCAGACAUGUGUCAAGCAUUAAUCCAAUUGAUGUCCUAUUAUUAAGAUCUUAGAUAUUAGAUAUGAUUGUGAGCAAGAGAGACUUAAACACUGUCUUCUCUCUCUCACGCUCUCUACUCCAUCUCAAGUCCAAAAUCAUUCUCUCUUUCUCUUUACCGCAAUCCUUCUCUACCUCUUCAGACAACACCCUUGAAGGUUUGGUCCACCCCGACGACCCCUUCUUACACCACACUUUGCCCCCAGCCCCCGAUUUGUCAACCGACUAUGCAUUCCUCCGCACCACUCUCCUCAAUUCAACCACUACUGUGCAUUCUGACGACCCUUCCCACGAUGCUAUUUUGAUGUCCGAUGCCAUCAGGAACACUAAUGACAGCUUUGGUGCCCAAACGCAGAAACUUUUCAGGCAAUUCAGGGGGAGAUUAACUGAGGCUUUGGUGGUGCAGAUGAUGUGCAAUGUGAGACACCCUGAAUUGUGUGUCAAAUUUUUCUUGUGGGCGGGGAGACAAAUAGGGUACACCCACACCCCUGCGGUAUAUGAUGCGCUCCUCGAUGUGUUGGGCUGCAAUGGCAGUGGUAGAGUGCCCGAGAAGUUUUUGCGGGAAAUAAGGGAUGAUGAUAAGGAGCUGCUUCAAAAGCUGCUCAAUUUUUUUAUUCGGAAGUGUUGCCGGAACGGUCUGUACAAUGCAGCAUUGGAGGAGCUCGGCAGGCUUAAGGAUUUCGGGUACAAGCCUUCUCCAACCACUUACAGUGCUUUGAUUCAGGUUUUCCUUGGUGCUGGUAAAUUGGACAGUGCUUAUUUGGUUCACAAGGAGAUGGAGAGUUACGGGUAUGGUAUGGAUGGGUACACUCUCAGCUGUUUUGCGUAUUCUCUCUGCAGAACAGGGAGGUACAGGGAUGCUCUCAAUUUGAUUGCAAAGGUAGGUUAUGUGCCUGAUACGGUAUUUUACAAUAGGAUGGUUUCUGGUUUGUGUGAAGCUUCACUUUUUGAAGAAGCCAUUGAUAUCUUAAACCGAAUGCGUUCUAGUUCUUGUAUUCCGAAUGUUAUGACUUAUAAGAUCUUGCUUUCUGGUUGCUUAAGGAAAGGGCAGCUGGGGAGGUGUAAGAGAAUUCUUAGUAUGAUGAUUACUGAAGGAUGUUAUCCAAAUCGUGAGAUAUUUAAUUUUCUUGUACAUGCUUAUUGUAAAUCAGGGGAUUACUUUUAUGCCUACAAGUUGUUUAAGAAAAUGGUAAAAUGUGGGUGCCAGCCAGGGUAUCUACUUUAUAAUAUAUUGAUUGGUAGUAUAUGUGGCAAUGUGGAGCUGCCUAUCUCGGAUGUGCUGGAAAUAGCUGAGAAAGCUUAUGAUGAGAUGCUUGAUUCAGGGGUUGUAUUGAAUAAGGUCAAUGUAGGUAACUUUGCACGGUGUCUUUGUGGGGCUGGAAAGUUUGAUAAAGCCUUUAAGAUAAUAUGUGAAAUGAUGAGCAAGGGUUUUGUUCCAGAUGAUAGUACAUAUUCUAAAGUGAUUCGUUUUCUAUGUAAUGCCUCCAAGGUAGAGAAGGCUUUUCUUUUGUUUGAAGAAAUGAAAAGGAAUGGCAUUGUUCCCAGUGUUUACACCUAUACUAUUUUGAUUGAUAGCUUUUGCAAAGCUGGUCUCAUCCAACAAGCUCGCAAAUGGUAUGAUGAAAUGUUAAGGGAUGGUUGCACGCCUAAUGUGGUGACAUAUACUGCACUUAUUCAUGCAUACCUGAAGGCAAGAAAGUUGUUUGAUGCAAAUAAACUAUUCGAGGUGAUGGUACUUGAAGGUUGCAAGCCAAAUAUUGUUACGUAUACAGCUUUGAUAGAUGGUCAUUGUAAAGCUGGGCAGAUUGAAAAAGCUUGCCAGAUUUUUGCCAGAAUGCAAGGUGACAUAGAAACCUCUGACAUGGACAUGUAUUUCAAGUUGGAUGAUGAUAACAACACGGAAGAACCAAAUGUUAUUACAUAUGGGGCUUUGGUGGAUGGUUUAUGCAAAACAAGCAGGGUUAAACAAGCCCGUGAAUUGUUGGAUACUAUGUGGGCACAUGGGUGUGAACCGAACCAGACAGUCUAUGAUGCUCUUAUAGAUGGGUUCUGCAAGGCAGGAAAGCUUGAGGAUGCACAGGAGGUGUUUGCAAAAAUGUUGGAGCGUGGAUACAGUCCCAGUCUAUACACCUACAGCUCUUUAAUUGAUUGUCUGUUUAAAGACAAACGAUUGGAUCUUGUUUUGAAAGUUUUGUCCAGGAUGCUAGAGAAUUCGAUUGCUCCUAAUGUAGUUAUUUACACAGAGAUGAUUGAUGGGCUCUGUAAAGUUGGAAAGGCUGAUGAAGCCCACAAGCUAAUGCUUAAGAUGGAAGAAAAGGGUUGUAAUCCCAAUGUUGUUACUUACACUGCAAUGAUUGAUGGCUUUGGGAAAUUAGGAAAAAUUGAACAGUGCUUUGAGCUAUUGAGAGAUAUGUGCUCAAAGGGUUGUGCUCCAAACUUUAUUACCUAUAGAGUAUUGAUUAAUCAUUGUUGUUCCACUGGCCUCUUUGAUGAGGCACACAGACUAUUAGAUGAAAUGAAACAAACAUAUUGGCCUAGGCAUAUAUCAAGCCAUCGUAAAAUUAUUGAAGGUAUUAACCGAGAGUUCAUAGCCUCAAUAGGGCUUUUAGAUGAGUUGGUUGAGGAUGAAUCAAUCCCUGUUGAUUCUUUGUAUAAAAUUUUGAUUGAUAACUACAUCAAGGCUGGAAGAUUGGAAGUUGCAGUGAAUCUGCUUGAAGAGAUUUCGUCAUCUCCAAGCAUUGCAAUGGCCUGCAAGUAUUUAUAUACUUCUUUAAUUGAGAGUCUUUCACAUGCAAGUAAGGUUGAUAAAGCCUUCGAGCUGUACGCAAGCAUGAUAAGUAAGAAUGUUGUUCCAGAGCUUAGCACAUUAGUCGACCUCAUCAAAGGCCUUACUCGGGUUGAUAAGUGGCAAGAAGCACUACAAUUAUCAGACAGCAUAUGCCAAAUGCAUAUCUAUUGGGUCCAUGAAGAGGGAACCAGUGUAAAUUAAAUGAUGAUGCACAAAUUGAAUGUAAUGAAGAAAGUGAGUGAAUAGAAGGAGGAUAAAGAGUGGUCAAGCUGGUGUAGGUUUAGCAGCUUUAGAACCAUCAUUGAUUGGGGAACCCGCAGAUCCAUUUGCAACUCCUUUGGAAAUAUUGCUAGAAUGUUGAUGCAAUAUCAGCAGCAAUUAUGCAAGCAAAAUCAGGUCUCGGAGUAAUAUUAAGAUUCUCUUCAGUGCCAAUUAAUCUGCAAGGUUUUUAGUUUAUCAGCUUAAUGAGUUUGAAAACAAUUUAUUGAUGAGAUUCAUCUAAGAGACGAAGAAGAGCAUGAUGAUGAUGAUGAUCAAGAUGAUCACGAGCCUUCAAGGUUGCUACUAUUGCAAUGCCUCCUAAAACGGUAGAGGCCAUUCUAAUAACAUAGCAAAGGACAGCAAUGAAGCAUGCCAUGCCAAUUAGAAGGAAGAGAGCCUAAAAAGCUUAGUCUCAAGGCUAUCUAUGCCUUGCUUUGCACCUUUUGAGAUGCAAGCACUUCUCUAAGUUUUAGGAUAGCGGUUGACAUGUGAAUUGCAAGGGGAGAGUUCUUUGGGAAGCCCUACGACAUUCAAAUCUUGUAUAAAUAUGUAUUUAAAGAAGGCUCUUUAAUGUUGAUAUUUUGGACAAAUUAGUAUAGUGUACAAUUCUCAGGUUUAAUAAGUACUUACAAAAUUCUCACAAGGUCAGACACUCAUGUUUGUUGGGUUGAGAUUGCAACUAAAAUUUCAGUUCCGGAACUCAAUUUCGGUCCCUUCAAUACUUUCAAAAAGUGAGGACACAUGGACUGAUGGAUCCUCUAAAUUUUGAAUUUCACUUUAGAGAGUAAAGUUUGAUCUCUCACCCUUGAAUGGUUUCUCUCAUAUUUUCUUUUGGUCGCACCUAUGAAAUAAAUGGUGAGAGAUCAAACUUUACUCUCUAAAGUGAAAUUCAAAAUUUAGAGGAUCCAAAUCCGAAAUUUUUGGGGAGACUGAAAUUUAAAUAACAAUUUCAGCCUAAAAUACCCUUAGUCCAAAUUGUUAAUUCCAAGUUUACCCAUUUUGCAAAAUCAAAUUAGGGCACAUAUAUCAUCUUCUCAGACCAGAAGCUUCCAAGCAUCAAAGAUUCCUAGGUCAAGCUUUUGCCACAUUGCCGCUGUCAGGACCACCUCCUCCUUCACGUCACCAUCGCAGCCACCGUAGUAAGGUGAGUCGUUGUCACAAUUUUAGAACUCAAGUUCGUAGCCAGUGUUGUCAUCUCAUCUUCGACGCAGGACGAGCAUCAACUGCCUCCACUUGGAGCCUCUGUCUUGUCGUCGCCGUGAGGAACACGACAUAAAUUUCGCCGUCGUAGCCACCGUGAGCUGGGUGAGUCGCCGUUGCAUAUGUUCUUUUCCAUUGUGUUCUCAUCUCGUUUUUUGCAAUCGCAGGACCAGCGCGCCAGGACUCCGCCCUCUCACCGCUGCCAGGACAACCACGUCCUCGUCGUCGUUAGCUUGCCACCAUUACCUAGGAAGGAAUGGAGCGUUUGGAAAUUGUAAAACAAUGUUGAUUUUUAUCAAAUGAUGAGAUUGAGGAAGCACCAGACGAGAUGAUUGAUGUGGUUGAAAUACAAAUGAGUGGACAUAAUGGCGUGACAACAUUGCAAUUGAGAUGUACGAAGAGUGGCAAACAAUUCGUACAGAAUAGGAAUAGGCGCAGUUUGAAUCUCCUUGUUUAAUUUGGCAUGACUCUUGUGAUGUAAUAGCUUAAUUUGUGUUUGUAAGACUAUCUAUUGUACAGGUAAAUUCAUUGUUAUUGAAAUUUAUAAAUGGUUAUCGUAAGAGUUGUUUGUAAGACUUUCUAAAGUAUUAAUA